AUGGUGUUCUCCCUGGAACAGCGAACUUUGAUUGUGGUAGGCUAUGUGCGAAGCAGAUCAAUUAAGAUAAAACAACAGACCUUUGCCAACAAGUACCUAGAAACAAAACCACCAGCUAAAGGUUGUAUUCAGAGUUUGGUUCGGAAAUCGCAUAAAACUGGCUCUGUUGUAAACAUGAAGAAACCAAGGCCUUCAUCGAUCAGGACGGCUAAAGUUGUGCAUGAAAUUCAGCAGCGGAUUGCAAGUAGCACUCAAAAAUCAACUCGAAGACUGUCUCAGCAAGUUGACAUCAGAGAAAGAGAGCCCAGCCACUUGGACAGUUACAGGACCACUGGACCAAAGAAUGAAUGCAUGAAUUGUACAAGACUGACGUCGAUAGCAGAGAGGAUAAGUAGCCUUGAAGCUAAGAUUAUCACACUGCAAGCAGCAGAGAAAGCAUCAGAAAAUGACCUGCCCAUCACAAGAGGCACAUCGGUGUGGAAUGAGGGCUACUUGCCAGAUGCCAUCCCUCUGCUGAGUCCAGGAAGCAUAUUCAGGAAAUCGAUCAAAUCUACACUAGGCUCCAAAGGAGAUACUAUUGAAGAAAAAAAGACAAGAGGAUUGCCUGGAAUGCCAGGACCACCUGGAUCAAUUGGACCUGUGGGUUUACCUGGAUCAAAAGGAGACCGUGGAGAAUUGGGUGAAGUUGGCCCUGCUGGUCCCCCAGGGCCUAUUGGACCUCAAGGGCCAAAAGGAGAGACUGGAAUUCCAGGACCACCUGGCCCUCCAGGGCCACCUGGACCACCAGGUGCUCCCAUCUCUUUACCAGAGGGUGUCUUGUACUCUUUACAGCCGAAUACAGAGAGAGAAAAUGGCGAACCACAUUUGGUAUCCACUAUAACAGAUACUAUAAUGUCUGGACUUCCAGGACCUCGUGGCCCACCAGGGCCUGUUGGCCCUCCUGGGCCAAGGGGACAUGCAGGACCAAUGGGCACUACAGGACAACAGGGUAAGCCAGGACAUCCUGGUCAGCCAGGGGUGAAGGGUCAAAAAGGUGACCAAGGAGACAAAGGGGAACCAGGUCUACAAGGAGAACUAGGACUUAGGGGUCCUCCUGGCGAACCUGGAUUGAAAGGAGAAGAUGGCCAUAAAGGAGAAGAUGGAGAGUCUGUCCAGCAGCUGAGAGAAGCUUUAAAAAUUUUAGCAGAGAGGGUGUUAAUUUUGGAGCACAUGAUAGGAAUACACGAUCCACUUUCAUUUGUGGAGCCAGGCUCUGGUCAGGACAUUUUGGCUUCGAUUACUUCCAAAAAUAUCAAACAGAAACAUGAGCAGCAACAGAGAUAUCAGACGUUGGACAUCUUUUCAUCACUGCUGGACGACAGUGAAUCAAGUCAGAACUGACAAUAACAUGGACCUCUUUGUCUUGUGAAAUCUGAAAUCUCCAGGCAGCUUACCACAGAAAGAUGAAUGGAGAGAGCUUUACAAAUGUUAUGGCAUGUCACUGCAAGAAAUUAUAAUGGGAACCAGAUACUUCAUGUACCGCAAGUCUUAAUUAGAGUAUGAAUCAAUGUUCCAAUUGCAAAUCAUGUGUAGAGACAAUAUUUCUUGCACAGAUAUUUAGCAAAUUACACAAAUGUAUCAGUUUCCAUCCACUGUUUGCUUUGUAACAUAUAAAUUAUGACUUAAGGCCCAAAGUCCCAAGCCACAUUUCGGGUAUUCUUAUCUUAUAAAUCAGAUAUAGCCAUUUUAAUGUAUGUUGUAUGUCAUCAAGAUAAGAACAAUAUGGACCCUGGACAGUUCCAGACAUCAUUUCUUCAACAGCUCAAUGACAAAAUGAGCAUUUAUUAUAUAAAAAUUUGAAAACAUUAGCUUGGAAAUACUCAUACUGUUGCAUAUUCACAAAUUAUGUAUGGAAUUUUUCAUGCACAUAUACUUAUUUUGGAUUAUAAUCUUCUGUUAAAUGGGUAUUCUGGAACCUUAAAACCUGUUGAUUAGCGGAGGUAAUAAAAAAAAUAAAAAAUAGCCUUAUUCACCUACUCAUUCUCCCUCUGAAACAGUGUUGUUGGCCUUUGUUUCCAAUGAUGUAGCAGUGAAAUUACUGACUACUGAGCCAACCACUGGUCUCAGCAGUCAUCUGGGGUAGUCACUGGAGUGGAUGAUAUACUCCCUCCUAUGACCCCCUAAGGACGAUGAUUGGCUGCAGCAAUCAUGUAGACGGCGACCUCAUCCUUGUAGUGGCGGAAAAAAAGAGCGCCAGGACCAGGGGCUGUACGGGUGAAUAAGGCUUUAUUGUAGUACAUUCCUGUCCCAGAAAACCCCUUAAAUUUUUGCAAAGCAGUUUUCUCCUAAUCAGUAUUGUAUUGCACAUACAGUACAAUACAAAAGACCACUAUAUGCAUUUCACCAAAAACUCAAUACAGUAUAUAUAUAUAUAUAUAUAUAUAUAUAUAUAUAUUUAUAUAUAUAUUAUAGUAGGUUGUAUAUUAAUAUGUAUAUAUAUACACAUCAUACUAAAAGGGAAUUUCUACCUUUGAAUAUCAUUUUGUGUUUUCAGCCAAAAUGUGUUAAAAAUUCUGAGUUGACUACGGUAAUUCUUAAUUUGUGGUCAUUAUCGUUUAUAGUGAUCUGAGCUUAGUUUUUUUCUGAUACAGAGCUCCAAAUCUGUGAUGCACUAAAUGCCGUCUAGUGGUGGAUGGAGAGAAGCAGGUUGUUAUCUUAGAAAUCUAUGGCUGAUUUUUCAAAUUUUGGUGUUAAAAGGGGAUA